CACAAGUAUCUAUCUACUGGCGGCUGCUAUAUCUAAAAACCACCAAAAAGCAAAAGGCGCCAUUUUUUUCUUUGUUGUACACCGUUGACUUUUCAGCUCCACCAUUACCAGUGUAGAAACAUGAAGGAAUACGCAGGCAUGGUAGCAGCACAAACAGCACAAGUGUUACUAAUGAUAGUGAGCAAAUCCGCCAUUGCAGCUGGAAUGUCAAACUAUUCAUUCAUCUUCUACUCCAACUUACUCGCUUCACUCGUUCUUCUUCCGCUUUCUCUCAUCUUCCACAGAUCUGUGAAUCGUCCUGCAAUUAGCACCAUCGUUGUUUGUGGCUUCUUCCUUAUUGGCAUGUUAGGUUUCUUGGCCCAGGUAACUGGUUAUACGGGUAUCUCAUACUCCUCUGCCACUCUAGCAACAACAUUGCUCAACCUCAUACCGGGUUUUACUUUCAUACUCGCCAUCAUAUGCAGGAUGGAAACAUUCCAACUUGGAAGCUCAGCCACACGGGCAAAAUUCAUUGGCACUGUAGUCUCGGUUGCAGGAGCUAUAAUGGUGACUCUUUAUAAAGGCCCCGCGAUCCUAUCAUCUCCGCUAAAAUCAGAAAUCGUAAAGAAUUUAAGCGGGCAACCAUCAAACUGGGUGCUUGGAGGAAUCUUUUUAGCAAUUGACGCCGCCUUUUCUUCUGCGUAUAUCAUUGCACAGGCAUUCGUCCUUAAGAAAUACCCUGCGGAGAUGAUUGUAAUGUUUGCAUACUGCUUUGUCUGCACCAUUUUAUCUGGUUUAACUUCUUUGAUUGUCGAAGAUGACUUGAGUAGUUAUAGUUUACAACCUAAGAAGAGGCUGUUCUCUAUCCUCUACUCAGGAAUUUUCGGGUCUGCUUUUCAAGUCACGGUUCAAGCAUGGUGUGUACGAAGGAAGGGCCCGUUUUUUGUUGCUAUGUUUCAUCCGGUGGGAAUUGUGAUUUCAACUUUGAUUGGUGUUAUCUUCUUAGGUGACGGUUUCUAUCUUGGAAGUUUGAUGGGAUCGAUUGUUGUAGUAAUCGGGUUUUAUAGUGUGAUGUGGGGAAAAGCCAAAGAUGAAAAGAUUGUGGCGGUUUUAAAGACAGAGGAUGAACAGGCCCCUCUCGUUCAAGACGUCGAGGAGCAGAUGACACUUUCCUCGUCAUAAAGCUUGAUGUUUGAGGGUGAUUAUAUCAAAUGGGAAAAGAAAAGAAAAGAAAUCUCAUUCUUUCAAAAAUGCUACUGUAUUAAACUGGAGAUCAUAUACAGGUAUCCUUCUUUAAUAACAUAUUAAGUUAUGUAGAUAUGUUUUCUAGGUUAUCCUAUUGUAUAGUUAUGUUCGACCCGUAGUAAGUUUGUCAUUAUCCAAACGGGUCUUAGAGUUUUAGGCUGUUGCCUGUUGGUCUGUUUAUUCCGUAUUGUAUCUCAUUGUAUGACGCAUAUAUAUACAAUCAUUUAUUAUAUCAGGCUACAUACCUCUUUUUUUUC